AUGGCUGUCUUUCAUUCGAGUGAGUCUGAUAACAACUUUGAAAUUGGUGAAUAUCAGCAAUUCCCCAAAUCUGAACAUGAGGAUGCCGCUACAGAGAGAACUGAAAAACAAAAGUUAAGACAUCUCAGUGUGAUUCUGCUGAGUUUUGGGCUGCUGUGUGUUCUUCAAGUGAUUCUUAACAUCUCUCUUAGACUUGCUCUGAGUGAGCCGACUGAUAAAGGUGAGACAGAGGAAGACAGCUGUCCACAGAGCUGGCUGAUGUUUGGCUCCAGUUGUUACUACAUCUCCUCACAGAGGAGGAGCUGGGAUGACAGCCGGCAGGACUGUGUGCAGAGAUAUGCUGACCUGGCCAUCAUCAGCAGCAAACAGGAACAGGCCUUCCUCACUGGACUCACAAUGGCAGCAUGGGUCGGUAUGACUGACAGGGCGGUCGAAGGCACUUGGAUAUGGGUGGAUGGAACACCAGUGAACAAAGACGGUCUGCAGUGGGCAAAUGGACAGCCUGAUGGAGCGUUUGGAGGAGAAGACUGUGGUGAGCUUCGUACAAUGAUUAAUUUCAUUGGCUUGAAUGACUAUAACUGUAGCACCAGGAACCAGUGGAUCUGUGAGAAAACAUUAUGGCAGCUUUAACUGUGUGUAUGUGUGUCCUGCUCCUUCACCUUCCUUUGCUGUAAUUGGACUGCUGUUUGAAUCGUAUUUGUACUUGAUGUAAAAAUA